AGCAGUUGACAUCCAACGAGUUUGCGCUAUAAAAGGCCACCGGAGGCCUGCGCAGUUCCGGCAUCCGUUGCAAGAGGCCUACAGAGCUUCCAUAGUCAAGCUUACAAUCUCCCACAGUUGUCCUGUUCUUGUGUAGCUCGAUCGAGGCAAGAUGAUCCCAGUCAUUGAUUUCUCAAAGCUGCAGGGUGAUGAGAGGGCCCUGACGUUGGCACAGAUUGCCAAUGGAUGCGAAGAGUGGGGAUUCUUUCAGCUGGUGAACCAUGGGAUCUCUGAGGAGCUACUUGAACGCGUGAAGAAGGUUUGCUCCGAGUGCUACCAACUGCGAGAGGGAAGGUUCAACGAGUCCACCCCUGUCCGGUCGUUGAACGAGCUGGUGGAUCGAGAAAGCCAAGGUGAGGCCGUCAAGAAAUUGAAAGACGUCGAUUGGGAGGAUGUGUUCGUGCUCCAAGACGACAACGCUUGGCCUUCAAAUCCCCAUGACUUCAAGGAGACGAUGGAGGAGUACAGGGAGGAGCUGAGGAAGCUGGCGGAGAAGGUAAUGGAGCUGAUGGACCAGAACCUGGGCCUCGAGAAAGGCUACAUCAAGAAGGCCUUCACGGGAGACGGGCAGCAAGAGGCGUUCUUUGGGACGAAGGUGAGCCACUACCCUCCGUGCCCGCGGCCAGACCUCGUCGACGGCCUCCGCGCGCACACCGACGCCGGCGGCGUCAUCCUGCUGUUCCAGGACGACCAGGUGGGCGGGCUGCAGAUCCUCAAGGACGGGGAGUGGGUGGAGGUGCAGCCCAUGAAGAACUCCAUCGUGAUCAACACCGGCGACCAGAUCGAGGUGGUGAGCAACGGGCGGUACAAGAGCACUUGGCACCGCGUGUUGGCCACCCGCGACGGCAACCGCCGCUCCAUCGCCUCCUUCUACAACCCCUCGCUCAAGGCCACCAUCGCGCCGGCAGCCGCCCCUGCCGCCUCCUCCUAUCCCAAAUUCAUGUUCGGAAACUACAUGGAUGUGUACGUGAAGCAGAAAUUCGAGGCAAAGGAACCCAGAUUUGAAGCAGUGGCAGCCAUGUGAAGCCCGCACACGCACUGGGACUACUACUACUACUACAGCUAUAUAUAUUAAUUAUACGAUCGGUAAGACAUAAAACGCAUGGUUGCAUUUUGCUUUCGUUUUCCUUGUAUCAUAUAGUUGGAUAAGCCUAAAGCCUGUCAUGAUCAGUAGUUGCCCAGAGCAGUGUUGGGUUAUGCAUGGUUAUAGCCACUAGCCUCGUGUGUUUGAUUCCAAAACAUGGUGCAAUUAGUGCAUAUCCGUGGCCUCUGUUAUGAAGUAUGUUGCUUUGCUUCCUAGAUUGAAAUAUAUUACAGUGAAGUUUGUGGUA